AUGGGAAAAAAACUGACCCAGCAGCAACAUAAUGGGAAAGAAAAUAGGCACAGAAGUCACAUUAUAGGAAAGAAAUUGGCACAGAAGCAACAGUAUAGAAAAGAAAUUGGCACAAAAGCAACAUCACAGGAAAGAAAUAGGCACAGAAGCAACAUCACAGAAAAGAAACUGGCACAGAAGCAACAUUAUGGGAAAGAAAUUGGCACAGAGGCAACAAUAUGGGAAAGAAAUUGGUACAGAAGCAACAAUAUGGGAAAGAAAUUGGCACAGAGGCAACAAUAUGAGAAAGACAUUGGCACAUAA